CGGCGGAUAGUCUUUUUUUGAGAUACCUCACGUGUGUGUUUAUCGUAGUGAAUGUAAUUAGUUUGGUCAGCGUGUUUCAAUUGGAUUUCGGACCUGGUGAUGUGGGUUAAGAAAGAAUGCGUGGCAUCAUGGUGAUCGGACGGAACAGACCGACAUUCGGGAGAGUGGAAGUGCUGCUGCUUUGUGUUGUUUCUAUGUACCUUUGUCAUGGAGCAUCGGGGCAGAUUCGCUACUCGGUUCCGGAGGAGUCUAAAAAGGGCACUUUUGUGGGAAACAUAGCAAAGGAUUUGGGAUUUGAUGUAAACACACUGACCGAAAGAAGGUUUCGUAUUGUGUCAGGCUCAAAGGAGAAUCUUUUGCAGAUAAACCAAGACAAUGGCGCGCUGUAUGUAUACGGAGAUAUCGACAGAGAGAGCAUAUGUGAGAAAAACUCUCAGUGCUUCAUCAACUUAAAAAUCGCUGUGGAAAAUCCUUUAGAAGUUCAUUAUGUCGAAGUAGAGAUAAUGGAUAUCAACGACCAUUCACCUUUGUUUCCCGAAAAAGAAAAGCAUUUGGAAAUAUCUGAGAAUGCUGCCGUCCAGGGGCGCUUCCCCCUAGAUGCAGCGCGUGACCCUGAUGUAGGAGUGAAUUCUCUUCGUAAGUACUCCCUCAGUUCGAAUAAUCACUUCGAUCUGGAUGUCAAAUCUCGUGGCGAGGAAAAGAUCCCUUUCUUGAUACUGAAAAAGCCGCUAGACAGAGAGCAAGAACCAGAAGUAGUUCUAAUGCUGACAGCAUAUGAUGGAGGGAAGCCAGAGAAGUCGGGCUCUGUAAAUAUCUCUAUAACUGUUUUAGAUAUAAACGAUAAUACACCUGUCUUUGAGCGACAGGUGUAUACAGUCAAUUUAGCAGAGAAUGCUGCCCCAGGUACAUCAGUUGUUACACUGCACGCCACGGAUUUAGAUGAAGGCGAAAAUGGACAGGUUAUUUACGCAUUUGAUCAGAGUCUUAAAAAUAAAGCUCUUGAUAUAUUUCAGAUAGAUGCCUUCACAGGGGAGAUAACUGUUAAAGGAGCUGUUGACUUUGAAGAGAAGAGCAGUUAUGAGAUUGACGUGCAAGCCUCCGAUAAAGGCCAGGUGGCUUUGGUUGGGCAUUCUAGCGUUAUUAUUAAUGUCAAAGAUGUGAAUGACAAUGCGCCAGAAAUAGAUGUUACGUCCCUCUCUGGCGAAAUCCCAGAGAACGUGAAGCCUGGCACAACGAUAACUUUAAUCAGUGUAUCAGAUAAGGAUUCGGGUGACAACGGUGUAGUUAUAUGCAUUCUUGAAAACGACGUGCCUUUCGAAUUAAAACCAUCCUUUCAAAGGCAUAUGUAUUCUUUAGUCACCAAGUCACGGCUUGAUAGGGAAUCUGCCUCAGUUUAUACAAUCACUAUAGCUGCUGUAGAUAAAGGUGAUCCUCCCCUGUCAUCACAGAAAACUAUUAGUGUUGAUAUUUCAGAUAUUAAUGACAACAGUCCUGUUUUUUCUCAAAGUCCAUAUACGUUUUAUUUGGUGGAAAAUAACACACCUGGCGCUGUGCUAUUCUCCCUCAGCGCGUCAGAUUUAGACCAAAAUGAAAAUGCCCAACUAGCUUAUAGCAUUAUAAAAGGCGAGGGAGCAGACCACUCAGUAGUGUCCUUCCUGAACAUUAACUCUGAGAAUGGAGAUGUUUACGCACUAAAAAGUUUUGAUUUUGAAACAACCAAGACCUUUCAGUUCAAUGUACUCGCUAUGGACGCUGGACGGCCGCCCCUUAGUAGUAACGUGACGGUGCAUGUAUUCAUUCUGGACCAAAAUGACAAUGCACCGGUGAUUCUGUCACCAGUCAGUGCUAACGGGUCAGCUGAAGGCGUGGAAGAAAUUGCGCGCAAUGCAAAAGCUGGCCAUUUGGUGACCAAAGUGAGAGCGUAUGAUGCUGAUGUAGGAUACAACGGUUGGUUACUAUUUUCUAUUCAAGAAGUUAGCGACCACACACUCUUUGGUUUGGACCGUUACACUGGACAGAUUAGGACCAUUCGACCAUUCACAGAGACAGACGAGCCUCAGCACAAACUGGUCAUACUGGUAAAAGACAAUGGGAACACUUCACUUUCUGCAACUGCGACAGUUAUUAUUAACGCCGUGGAGCCCAAAGAGGCCUUUUCUGCAUCUGAGGUCAACAAUGCCGCAGCAGACAUGAGCGAAGACAAUGUCACAUUUUAUUUAAUAAUUACUUUGGGAUCCGUUUCCUUUCUGUUUCUUAUAAGCAUAGUGGUAUUGGUUGUAAUGCAGUGUUCAAAACCAAAAGACUAUUCGUCCAAGUAUUUGCAAGACACGAACUAUGAUGGAACCCUGUGCCACAGCAUCCAGUACAGAUCUGGUGAUAAAAGAUACAUGCUGGUUGGGCCCAGAAUGAGUAUCGGGUCUACUAUAGUUCCUGGCAGCAAUGGGAAUACUCUGGUUGUACCUGAUCGCAGGAGUAGAGCAUCUGGAGAGCAUAGUGGUCCUGGUUGUAAUGCAGUGUUCAAAACCAAAAGACUAUUCGUCCAAGUAUUUGCAAGAUACGAACUAUGAUGGAACUCUGUGCCACAGCAUCCAGUACAGAUCUGGUGAUAAAAGAUACAUGCUGGUUGGGCCCAGAAUGAGUAUCGGUUCUACCAUAGUU